AUGUCUAAAUUAUUCAUUGGUGGCCUUGCUUGGCACACAGAUGAGAACGCUCUCCGUCAGAAGUUCUCUGAAUUUGGAACUGUUGAAGAAGCAGUUGUUGUCAAGGACCGCGACACUGGUCGUAGCCGUGGCUUCGGCUUCGUUCGUUAUGGACAAGGCAACCCCGACUCGUCCCCCGAGGCCGAUGCUGAUAAAGCUAUCCAAGAGAUGAAUAGCGUUGAAUUCGAUGGCCGUACCAUUCGUGUCGACAAAGCCUCCGAGCGCUCCGGCAAUGACCGCUCAGGUGGUGGCGGUGGUGGAUUCGGUGGUGGCCGAGGUGGAGGAGGAUAUGGAGGCCGUGGCGGCGGUGGAUAUGGAGGUGGUGGUGGAGGAUACCAAGGUGGUCGUGGAUAUGACAACAACUCCGGUGGUGGUUACUCUGGAGGUGGUGGAUACAGUGGAGGUGGUGGAUACUCUGGUGGCGGAGGCUACAAUGGAGGUGGUGGUGGCGGCUACUCCGGUGGUGGCGGCGGUGGAUACUCCGGCGGAGGAGGAUACGACCGUAAUCAAAGUGGUGGAAAUGCCGGAAACUGGGGAGGAAACCAAUAA